GAUUUAAAAAUUAAAAUUCCCGCGUAGAUCGGCUGGGCCACGAUUGGUCGGUCCUGCUUGUCAGCGAGCCACUGAUUGGUCGCCGCCACUUAGUCAUCUUCGCCCUGAUUGGUCGCCGCUACUUGUCAUCCUCGUCCUGAUUGGUCGCCGCCACUUGUCACCUUCGCCCUGAUUGGUCGCCUCCAUAAACACCAGAAGAGACAGCGCCAAAGAUGAAAGCAGAAAUCUCACGUCCCGGGAAUGAAUUUUCUCAGCAAAAAAGAAAACGAAGUUAUGAUAAAGAAAACAGCAACAGUAGUAUGAAGUGUAGCAAAUGGAGUUUAGGUGGAGAUGUUGGUACAGAUCCUCCACUCCUGGCAGACAUGGGUCUGUCUAUUCUGCAGGAUGAGGAGGAGAUGACAGGACCUACACCUACUCCACCAGCCACUGAAGUCAACACAAGUAACCCUCCCCCAGCACCAAAGGUAUUGCAACAGUCAAAUCAGAAUGUAGUCGGUCAUGGUUCCUUUCUUCCUGAUGACUUAGUUAAUGAAGAAGAAUUUUUUGUUUAUAAACGGAGAAGAUUAGAUGCCAUUUCAGGCGAUGAUAAAUUCAACCGCAUGUCAGAUGAAUUAAUAUUAGCAGUGUUUCGAUGGCUCCCAAAGUUUAUGUUAGCAAGAUGUGCACAGGUUUGCCGCCGUUGGAAAAGGCUUGCAUUUGAUGAAUCUCUGUGGCGAAGACUUGAUCUUGGUGGAAAGACCCUCAAUCCUGGGGUAGUUGGCAGAGUCAUUCUCAGAGGAUCAUGUAUACUUAGACUAGCAAAAGCAGAGGUGGAUGGUCCAAUUUUUUCGCCACAGCUUCAAUAUCUUCCAAGUCUACCUCCAAUUAGGAGUAAGCUACAGUACUUAGAUCUUAGUAUGGCUGCAAUAGAACCCCCAGCACUUGAGGAGUUGCUGAGUGUGUGUUUUGACCUGAAGAAAUUGAGUCUUGAGCAUUGCACUAUCAACCAGACAAUUUGCUCACACAUUGCUAACAACCCUAACUUAGAUACGCUUAAUAUGGCCAUGUGCUAUGGCUUGAACCACUCCAGUAUUCUUUAUAUACUCACAAACUGUAAAAAAUUGGUAAGUUUGAAUCUAGCUUGGACUGGAUUGACUACAGAGGAUCUUCGGGUAAUAUGCCGUCGCUUUCCUAAAUCACUCGAGCGGUUGAAUAUUUCCGGUUGCAGAAACACAUUGUCUGAUACACAUGUAAGAUUGUUGGCUGAACAGUCACCUGGCUUGGUAGAAUUAGAUGUGAGUGAUUGCACUCAGCUUACUGCUGCUUCUGUAUCUACAAUAAUUAGUGAACUGCGCCAUACAGAAUACUUAGCCUUCUCACGCUGCUACACCAUACAGCCAGAUGCUUACCUGGAGCUGAAGUCCAUGCCACAUCUGCUCUACUUGGAUCUGUACGGCAUACUGAAUGAGAGUGCGCUCAGUACCCUGCGACAAAGCCUGCCUCACAUACAAAUUAACAAAUAUCUAUUCUCCUCUGUGGCUCGGCCUACAGUGGGUAUACGCAGGACGUCUGUUUGGGGGCUGAGAGUCAGAGAUUAAAUUCAUCCAUGCAAGGAUAUAAAACCUUGUAUAUGACAAGUCAGCUACUAGCAUUUUUAUGGACUUCCCAAAGACCUAACAAGUAGUCAUGUAAGCACAAGUGCCUUAUUUAUUAAUCCAAGAUAUUUGAUAAAUGUGAUCUGAGUGAAACAGACACCAAGGCUUUUAAUAAAUAUUUGCAAUAAAACCUGCUGUAGAAAAAGACCACUUGGGAGGUAAGUUUGAAAUAAAUUUCUGAAAUGCUCUAUUGUAAAUAUCUGGCUAGUGUAUUCCAGUGCAACGUGAAUAAGACAGCAAGUGAUGUAUGAAGUGUGUGAAUGUAAAAGAAUGACAAUGUUUUAUACAGUGAUGUGAAUGAUUCAUUUAGAGAAGAAUUUCCAGAAGUGUAUGUAUGUUAUAUUUUCAUGUGGUGGUAUUAAGGAAUGCACAUAUCCCCUGUGCUUUAUAAUGCAAAGUUAAUUGAUUUCUUUUAAACCACUGCCAACAAAUGCAUCAUACUGUACUUUUUGAGCUGAUAAGGUACUAUACUGAAUGUUGUGAAAAUUCUUAGCUAUUUGGAGUAAUGCUACAAAAAGAAUAAUGCCUGAAUGAUCAAGCAGUUGAAUAUUUCAUAUUUAAUUUUUUCUCCAUCGUUCCAGAAAAAGUGACAUUAGUUGUCCAAACCAGAUAUAUUUGUCACCAUAUGUUAAUAAAUUUGAAGGAAAGAUUUCAUGGUGUCAUAGUUCAUUGUUGAAUGCUAUUAAGUUUUUUUGUUUGUUCUUUAUUGUUAAUUACAUCUUAGUGGUAACAUUCACCCACAGAUUUGUUGCUCAAUGUAGAUUAAUCAGUAUGUGCCUGAGAAAACAAAGGACACUGCCAAGAGAUACCCACAAAUUGUGUUCUGCAUUCUCAUCUGUGGUUCUUAGAAUUCUUGUAGGUUUAUACAUACCCUCUUUACAACUGAAUUACUGUUUUCCAUCUUUAUUUCUAUAAUAUUAUGAGCAGCAUUGUUUAUUAUUGCAGUUAAUAGUGAUAUAUCUAAAUAUAAAUGAAUUGUCCUUAGUCGUUAAUAUUUGAUUUUUAUAGACUUAAUCAUAAAGUUGAUGGGUAAUGAUGUCAUUACAUGAUUUAUUAAAUUUUCUGUGAAAUGAUUGUGAUGAGCUGGAGGACAUUAUGUUUUGAAAAAGACAGUACUAGGACAUUUGUUCAGAAUAGCAAUAAGGGAUGUAUUAUAGGAAACAAAAUUUAUAUCAACAAAAUUAUAUCAUAACAGUAGAUAGUAGAAUUCCUGCAUUAUAAUUUUAUGUAGUGAAAAUUGUUGUAUAAACCAUCUUAUCUGUGAUAGAAUUCUUUUAUGCCACAGUUCCAUGUUAUCAUUAUAAGAGUUAUUUGCUCUAUUGUAAGGGACAAACUUGGUGAAGAAGCAUUAAGUAUGGAUUUGUUUAUUUUAGAUUACAAAUUGAAUAUAAUUUAUAAUGAUUACUUAAACAGCCAAUGCAUUGUUUAUUUAGCCCAAUUUUCAUUACAUCUCACCAAGCAUUACUAUUUUUGUUAAUAAAUUUGAUCUUUUGUUUCUCAUUAUUUUGUGCAUGGUUUUCAUGCAGCUUCACUGAGAAUGAACAUUUGUAGAGUUUACAUUUAGUUUGGAAUUUUGUUAGAAUUUCAGUGAAUUUCAUUGUUAAAAUUAAAUUUCCAAGAUUGGUUAGUCAAUAUUUGGAAAUUAUAAAUAAUUGUAUGAUGUAAAUGGGUAGUAAAUACUAGAUUAAAAGUGUGUUUAUAA